GAUAAUUAGUGUUGCCCGUCCGUCAGGUGUGUGUGCACGCUCACACAUGCCGCACAGGGAUGGCAGGAAGCUCGGACGUGGUGAAGAGAGUCAUACGCUUCAAACUUCAGCUAUCAGACUCGCCACAGUCUGGCACGGUUCUCAAGAUCUUACAGAAGCUCAAGCAUCUAGACAUCACAGUAGAUGUUCUUGCUGAAACUGGAAUCGGGAGAACUGUGAAUUCCUUUCGCAAGCAUAAAGAAGCUGGGGAAUUAUCCAAAUCACUGGUCAAGGGUUGGAAGAAAUUAAUCCCCAAGAAGUCAACAAGUGAUCCAGAAGAUGGAAACAUAUCAGACAAUUUGUUCAUCAGUGACCAAAAUCACCUAAAAAAUGGAGCCCAUAUAAUAGAGGAUUUCAACAAUAAUUGCAAGGGUUUAAAAAAUUUGACUGAAAAAUAUCAUACUGAGGAAAUACUUGAUCCUAAAAACAAAAAGGACAAGUGCAAAACAAGUGACAAAGAUGACUCAAAGACAUUGGGAAAUGGCAUCUUGAGUUUAAAAAAUGCUUUUCUCGAGGACAAAUGUGAUUAUUCCGUUUCCAAGCACAAGAAAAAUGGAGACCGUCUGGCACAAGUGAGACACAAAAGUGGCUUAGAUUGUGGGGGCUCUUCUUUGAAAAGAAAGAAAGACAAGUCAAAGCCAUCAAAGAAACCCCAACGGGACUGUGCGGAAACCUUCUCAUCCCGUGACAAACCCUCAGAGAAGUCCCCUAACUUAAAUAAUGCUCGACUGGACAUAUCACCAAGUAGCUCAGAUGACCAAAACAGGAAAAGGAAGAAACGGCAGAAAGAAAAGAAAGAUGAGUCUGAACAUGAUGACGUUUCAGAACCCUCAAAUAAAAAGACCAAAAUACAGCAAGAAAGUAGUGAGAGUGGACUGGAGGAGCCAUCCAUGUCUUUUGAAUCGUACUUGAACUACGACCAGGAGGUCUCGAAGAAGCAUGAUCGCCCCAGAGGAAAGAAAACAUCUAAAAGGAUCAAUAUUGUCAUAAAGGAGCUGCCUCCUGUCAAACACACCGAGUCCCCGAGGAUUCCCGUUUCUCCCAAAAAGAUGUUUCUGGAAUCUCCAAAGGACCAUCUUCACAUUCCUAUACCUACCUUUCUACCGGAAUGUGACAAAGCCUCCAGUUUUGAAUACCUCGAGAAGAAAGUUGAGAGGGAGCCUGAUUUUGAAGACCUGCCAGAGGACUCUACAUUCUUCACAGGCCAGCGGCUAAACAAAAAAAUGCAGGUCUACUCUGGAGCCAAGACGGUCUUCCUCCCUACAAUGAUGAGCUUGUACCAGCAGUGUAUCCGCACGCUGCAAAACAACAUUAACUUGCUCUAUGAAACUGGCGGAGUCCCGUUUGAAAUCCUUGAGCCGGUAUUGGAGAAGUGUACGCCGGAGCAGUUGCUGCGUAUUGAGGAAUGCAAUCCGGUCUACAUCGGAGUGACAGACCACCUGUGGGGGAAACACUGCCAAAGGGACUUCAAGGAUGCCAAACUUCAGCAGUACGAGUCGUGGAAAGAAAUGUACAUCAGACUUUCUGAGGAGCGGGAAAGAAAGUUCCAGUCGUUAGCCAAAAAAAUUAUUAUGGAUCAUUCCAAGAAACCUAAAGGCCGGCAAGUGAAGAUGGCAUUUAUUCACACUGUUGCUAAGCCACCGAGAGACGUGCGUAUCCAACAAGAAAUCCACGGCACUGCGGUUCAGCAGCCUCAGCCACCCAGGAGCAAUGUCAAGUCCCAGGACAGCAGAUCAAAACUGAGCAAUGAAUCCGCAAAGAACAACAGUGGCAGCAGCAGCAGCGGCACACAAGACCCUCGCAAGAAAACAAGGGUGGCGCCAAUGAUGGCAAAGUCCCUAAAGGCCUUCAAGAAGCAGCUGGGUCGACGAUAACUGCAGGCACUUGAAUGAUCUUGCCCUUUGUGUUUUGUCAUGGUCAUUGACACUGUUCACUUUGGAUUACUGUGUGACAACAAAUCCAGAUGAGUACUAUAUUUCUUUGGAAAUGUUAUUUUCCCCCACGAGUGAAUAAUAAACAGUCACAAAAAGCAAAACUGGUCAAUGGGGAGGGGGGGUAUAAAUCUCCGAAUUACCAAAAAGGGUGUGGCUCCCUCUAGCGGAUGUUUGGGAAAUUGUUUCUCUACAGUUAAGGGCACGACAACAGACCCCUCAUACUUUUAAAUACUACAGUACUGUAUUUCAAUUAAAUACAUUUUAAAUUGGACUGUCCUCCAUGCUAAUAUUUCUUUUUCUGGUGACUUAUUUUAAUCUAUCUCGUUUCAACCAAGGACA